GAUUUAUUUAAAAAAAAUGUGUGGUCAUGACAACCGUGUGAAACCGAAACGAUCGAAAAAAUAUAAUUUCAAACUAUUCAAUAAAUGCCGAAGUGUCUUGUGAUAUUAGUAUUGAAGAAAUGAUUGUGUUUAACUUAUGGUCAGUGUUACAAUGGUAUCUGCGACCAUUCAUAAAAUGGUUUCUUAGAAAAACGACGAAGCUGUGUGAACUGCAGAGAAUUUGUUACGGUGACAAACCGGGAGCAGAAAGAACCCGUAAUGUAGAGAAAUCAUUAAUGCAAUCGCGUACCAGAGAUGUGAAAGAGGUCGUUGCUUACUUAGACGGCGUGGUGUAUGAGAGGAGAUUCAUACCGCGCUAUUUUCGUGACAUUUUGGACCCCUCGAUUGGUAUCAUAUUGAGAGUAAAGAAAAUUAAUCCAAAGCUUCAUGGUACGUUUGUGGUAUCAUUUCGACGAUGCUUGGAGCAAAUUUGGAGUUAUAGAAGUCUAGUUGACCAAGUGGAACAGCUGAGACAGACUCAGUUUGAUAGCACUAAUGAUGAUCAUGAGGAUAAGUUGCUGCAAUUGUGGUCUUUGUUAGUGCCUGACACUCCUCUUGAAGCCAGGGUGACUAAGCAAUGGCAGUAUAUAGGUUUCCAGGGAGAUGAUCCAAAAACAGACUUUCGUGGUAUGGGCCUCCUUGGUCUAGAAAACCUGUUAUAUUUUGCCACAGAGUAUCCGCAAGUUUCAAGUCAUGUUCUUAGCCAUUCACUACAUCCGAGAUAUGGCUACACAUAUGCUAUAGUUGGUAUAAAUAUCACAUCAAUGGCUUACUACUUACUGCAAGAUGGUUCUGCAAAAACAUACAUGUUCAAUGCAAAACAAUGUUUGCCUAAUGUAAACUUAUUUCACAAAUUCUAUUGCUAUUUAUUCUACGAGUUUGAUAAAAUGUGGAUAGAAUCGAAACCAGAGAAUAUCAUGGAGUUCUCCGAUAUUUUUAAGAAAUUUGAGAAUGCCGUGCGCAUUGAAUUGGCAGACCCUGCUUCAGUGUUUAGGAUAAAUGUUGAAGUAGAUAAUGUAUAAUUUUUCCUGAAAGUAUUGUGUUGAAUUACUAAUAAAUGGGGAGAUGGCACAAACAUUUUCGAGCUCAGUACAUAAGACUGAGUUAUAGUAAAUGUGUGAUACUUAAUCGCCUUAUAGCUUUAUUUGCUUCAUAUUGUUUACUGAUACUGAUAAUAGCAUCUUAAGAAAUUGUUUUACUGAUGAACGGAACACACCAUAACAAAAAUCAACAUACCUAUUUUAUUCAACCUUUUUAAGCGAGACAUUCAAGAUUUUCUUGUUAAUAUGUAUUUCUUUUUAACGAAUGGUGGAUAUAGGUAUCGGAGGACCAUUAAUUAAGUCUAACAUAAUUAAUUAUAUCAAUAUUAUGUAGGUACUUUCUGAUCUCUCUGUUCACUAACACAAUGACACCAAUUAGUUUUAAUUAGUUAAAAAUAGUGCAAUAUUUAGCUAAUUUUGUGUAUGUUUGAAGUACAAUAAGUGUGGUUAGCUAUUUAGAUAAUGCAAGAAAAAGGUAUUUUACUAAAUUACGUUUGAAUGCUUGGUGUUUAAUUACAAUAAAAUUUUUACCUAAUGCUUUCUUUCACCUGAAUUUAAUUGUAUUUUUUUGUUGAAUUUAACUCGUCGAGUACCGGUUUUGCAGACACAAUUAUA